GGAAAGAACAAACAUCUGUUUGAUCAUUUAACCGUUGAAAUGGUGAUAAUCAAUGGUGUAGAGUGUGAACGUAUUAAUGUCAUUCGCCCUUCAAUUUACAAUCCAGGCGAUUUUUCUUUCACUAUGUAUAAUCUAGCUGGUUAUAAAGGAAAGGACAUUGAAUUUGAAUGGUCAAAUAAUUCCCUAAAGAUAACAGGAUGGUCUAUAAGCAGCCGGACCUGGUUUAAGGACCGUAUACCCCUGCCUUCCAACAUUAUGAGAAUGGGCCUCAUCAAAUUAAUGUUUGACGAAGAACGAGGUAUCCUUUAUGUCAAGUUUUCAGAACAUGCGAUUGACAAAAUUGAUCCGACAAGAACCGUAUCGGUUCAAGAACUACUAGACCAGCAAAGCCCAUCAUCAAGCGGCGGCAUAAAAGAUUCAUCACCAAGCAACCGUACAAAGGGCGGCGGCGGCGCAACACGAAAGCGCAUAAAAGAGGCGGAGCUUACAUGGCAAGAAGAUGACGAAAUAUCAUCGUCAUGGCAGAUCGUUGAGAAGCUGAAAAUGGGCUUGAAGAUUAUUCUAGUCGUUAUUGUGAGUCUUGGUUUAUUUAGACUGAUUGAAAUACAAAAAAGCAUCAACCAAUAAUUUAAACAAAUCCUCACUUGUUAAUAUUGUAAGCAUAUAUGCUUACGAAAUGAAAUGUUAUACGGAGUAUUAUGUUACGUUUUUUCUUUUUAUCCUCCAAAAUGUGAAUAACUUGCACGAAGUAGUAAAUGGUUCGCAAACAAGUCUGCAACAAAAAGGCAAAAAACUAUGUAGAUCAGAGCUUUGUUAAAGUUCGACAUGAUCGAGAAAUAUAUACAUUAUAUUGUGUACCAAUUUA